ACAUCCAGCAAUCAACGAAAAUAGCGCCGAACCCGCUACAUUGGCUACCGAAUGGAUAAUGGGUAUUUGCUUAGACACAGAUGCCAGUGCGGCACACGAUCCCAACGAACUGGAGAACGAUUGGAGUUAUAUGCGUCAGAAAAGCAGUGCCAAUGGCCGCAUCGGUACGGCAAACUCGGUCGCCAUCGACAUGCAAAAUGCUGGAAAAAUAAAAUUCGAUCCGCCCAAAGUGCCAGUGAUAUUUGUUUUAGGCGGCCCAGGUAGUGGCAAAGUGACACAUUCCGACACCUUUAUGCAGGAGCGACGGGGUGUUACACAUAUAAAUAUGAUGGAUUUAUUGCAGCAAUAUGCGAUGGGGAAUGAUAUGCAAGAUUACUCGCAGUUAUCCUCGAGGACUGUAAUUGAAGUGAUUAUGCUGGAAAUGAAAAUGGCUCCAGCUGCCAAAGUAUACCUAAUUUCAGGAUUUCCACGCUCUAUGCGCGACGUGGUCGAAUAUUCGGAAAAGAUCCAAGUCGUGAAUGGAGUGAUCUUGAUAUCCUGGCGUAAGUCGAUUCUGCAAAAGCAAAUUGAUUAUGGCUCGAAAUUAGGUCAUGUCUAUCUCUCUUUAGCCAAAAUGGAAUUGGAAAAUUUCUUCAAAAAAGCAAUGGCCGUUGCAGAUUACUUCGAUCAAAGUGAUAUGCUGUUAGCUGUAAACGGUGAACGUGCACCAACCGAAGUAUAUGUGGACUUUCGUGCCGCCGUACUCGAUAUAUUGAGCACGCUUGAAAAUCAAGAGGCCAUGCUAAACGGAGUCACAGGUAUGGGUCGUGGCAUACAUGAUAUACCCGGCAGUAUUGUUAGCGUAGACACCGCACCUAGUCAAGCUGCGAAUAUUGCAGACACAUCAAAUGCCAACAAUGUCAACAACAAUCGAACUGUCUAUGCUGCCAAUCAUAAUGGUGCGAGAAAUGUACGUAGCGGCAUAGCGAAUGCUGUGGGCGCCCACAUCGCAACGAGCGUAACGACAGCUGCUGCCUCGGCACAAAUGCGUGACGCCGGUGUGAUAACCACACAGCCGGAGCUAACACAAAACCGUCAAAAUGCCGCAACGAGCAUGAAUGCAAGCGAUGAUAGUAUACCGCCGGUCAUAUGGGUCAUCGGUGGACCGGGUAGCAAUAAGGCGAUGCUUUGUAUGAAGGCUAUAGGGCUAAAUCCGGGUUGGGGUCACAUAAGUAUGGGACGACUCUUGCGCGCCAUUACCGAUUCAGCACCACGUGCAAACACUGAAAAUUAUACCGUAAAGGAGGCACUAUCCGCUGGCGAAAUGGUGCCGGAGAAGGCGAUCAACAAUAUACUCGAUGCGAAUAUACGACAAAUGAUGGAUCGUAAGGGCAUAUUGAUAGAUGGUUUUCCGCGAAAUCUACAACAAGUCAAAUAUUUUGAGAAUAAGUACAAACAACGUCCACCGAUUGUGCUGCUAGACUGUUCGAAACUACAAUUGGGUCGCGGACGUGUCGAUGACACUGUCUCUUCGUUCAGGCGACGUUUGGAGCUAUUCCGUGAGCAAACCCUACCGAUGUUGAAGACUAUGGACAAUAGCAGUCGCCUGCAAAUCGUCGAUGGCGAUACGGACAGUCCAUCGGUGCAGCGUGAAUUUGAGAAAAUCAUCCGACAACAUAUACAAGCAUUGGACCAAAGGGAUCACGGUAGUGACACAUUGAAUAAUCGCAACAUGACCGAUACUAGCGUGAUGACCAAUCAUGUUGUUGAACAUAAUCCGCAAACCGAUGCCAUAUUACACGACUUGGAGAAUAACGUUCCCGGUGCAGUGCCAACAAUAAGCCAUCAUGUGUCGCUCAUGAAUGGUCAUUUGAAGAAUCGUAAUAAUAGUGCCGCCCAUAUUAACGGCAACGUAGUAAAUAGUAAUCACGCGACAAUGAAUGGUGAUGCUCACAUCACCACAGGCUUAACGGGUGGCAUUGAUUUUAGGCAUAUGUUGCAAGAGGCUGAGCGAUAUCCAGUGGAUUCGUAUAUGUAA